UUUUCAGUUUUCCGCUUCUAGGGAACGCCUUAUGUGAAUAUGAAAGUAAAAGUUUCCGCAGUACGACUUCGGAGUCUUAAUUAAUUGACAACACACACUCUUCCGAGAAAGAAGUGAAGUAGAAUCCAAGGGGAACAACGAAAAGUGACAAAGUGCUAAAGAGAUUGGAGACAUCAACGAAAGUUGUCUAAUUUCCUGCCUGCCAUCUGAAUACAAAAGCCAUAAGACGAUGACGGCCACGGGAGAACCAGGAGCUCGCGAGGAUCCCUAUAUCCCCGUCGGAGGUACUCCGGCGACCAUAACCACGCCGACGACCAUCAUAGCUCCAAGCCCGAUCCUAGUGCCCAGCGAUGUGCCCAUGCCCAAUUCGAAUGGCAGUGGCAAUGGCAACCACAAGAGCACCAUUGUCAUCGAGAGCCAACCCAAGCGACGGGUCAGCAUUAUCUCUGAUCCGCCAGCGAUCGGUGGGACUGGAGGUCUAGGUGCUGGAUACGAUAAUCCCGCCUAUGAGCAAAACCCGAGGCGUAAAAUUUCACAGACUUCCACACACUCGCACACGGAUAUUGGACCGGCGCGAAGGAAGAGCAUUCUGAAGGAUACAGUGCCCCAUGACAACGAAAGUGAUCGGGCCUCGACUCAUAGCUAUGAAAACUAUCGACAGAAUGCGCUGGACGUGCUCAACUCGAAGUACAAUGGCCACCAGAUGGGACACACCUCCGGGGGCGACAGCAGCAAUGGCGGGGCCAACUACGUGGAGGAGUCCUGGAUGUACACAUUCUGUCUCAAGUGCCGCGGCGAGGAGCCAUCUGCGUCCUGGGAACCCCCCUUCUGGCAGAAGAUCUUCCCCUACCCACUGUGCCCCACUUUCAGAACGGUAUCUCGUCUAAUUUCCAUUAUCCUGAUUGGAGUCCUUAUCUGGGUCACGGCCUUUGUGAUUAUUGGUGACUCGGCUGCCCCUGGAGGACAGCUGUUUGGCCUGGUCGUUCUCACUGUUGCCGCAAAUUUCGGUGGCUACCUGAUAUCGCUGACUACCUUGCCACGUCUAAUUGGCAUGCUCAUGGUGGGCAUUCUCUUCCAGAACGUGGGCUGGGCGAAUAUCGAUGGGGACUUCUCCAAGGUUACGGCCCACCUGCGUAAAUUUGCUCUCACCAUUAUCCUGACUCGAGCUGGUCUCGAAAUGGAGCCGGAGGCCUUCAAGAAGGUGUACAAGACGAUCCUGAAGCUGGGCAUCAUACCGUGGUGCGUGGAGGCGGUGGUGAUGGCCGUGAUGUCGCACUUCCUGCUGGAUCUGCCCUGGAUCUGGUCCUUCCUGCUGGGUUCCAUCAUUGCUGCCGUGUCGCCGGCUGUGGUAGUGCCCUGCCUGUUCCGACUGCGAACCAAGGGCUACGGCGUGGCCAAGGGUAUUCCCACCUUGGUGGUGGCCGUGGCGGGAGUAGAUGACGCCCUGUCUGUGGCCAUUUUCGGCAUCAUCAGCACGGUAAUGUUCUCCGACAAGGGUCUGGCCUAUCAGAUCGCCCAGGCUCCCGUUUGCAUCCUGGGCGGCCUGGGCUUUGGCGUCGUCUGGGGAUCGCUGGCCCGCAUCUUUCCCGAGAAGGGUGACGCCUACGUGGUGCCGCUGCGGACGCUACUCCUCUUCACUGGCGGCCUUAUGGCCAUCUACGGCAGCGAGGAGCUGGGCUUCGAGGGAGCCGGACCCCUGGCUGUCGUCUUCUCUGCAUUCGUUUCGAACCUGUUCUGGUGCAAGGACGGCUGGGAUGUGGAGGACAAUCCGGUGGCCACUGCCUUCGAGAUCUUCUGGAUGAUCUUUGAGCCGAUUCUAUUCGGUCUGACCGGUGCCACCAUUAAGAUACGCGAGCUGGACUCGCACACGGUGUCCGUUGGUGCGGCCUGCAUCUUCACGGGCGCCAUCCUGCGCAUUUUCACCACGGCGGGCAUUGCAUUCGGCGAUCGCCUCAAUACCAAGGAGAAAUUCUUUGUGGGAUUGUCGUGGAUGGCCAAGGCCACGGUGCAGGCUGCCCUUGGACCAGUGGCCCUGAAGCAUCUCGGGGAUGACGCCACGGACGAAGAACGCAACUGGGCAAACAUUGUGCAGACCAUCUGCGUGUUCAGUAUCGUGUUAACAGCUCCACUCGGAGCCAUCCUGAUCUCGGUGACGGGCACCAAGCUGCUGACCAAGACCAAGCAGCCGCAGGAUCUCAGCGGCUGGCGACGCAGCCACCGUCCUUCCAUCCGCGACAUCAGCAUUAUCGACGAGGAGGAGGAGCGCGAGGAUCCCGAGAUCCCCGAGGACAAGGAGACGCACGACAACACGCUCAACAACGCCCACAUCCCCACCAUUUCCUACACCUACAACACAUAGUCCCGCCUUGUUGUGUCAAGAAUAAUGUUGAUUGUUUUCUUAUUGUACACUAGUUUAAGCGGACCCCUACAUUCCGAAAUAAAUGAUUAAGUUAAUGAUUAUAA